AUGCUCCCAGCAUCACUCACCAGCUUAACAAUCAUGGGUGAGAGGUUCCAAAGUAAUCUCAAUCAUGUACUACCGGAAAGUCUAAAGAUGCUACGUAUAAACGAUGCAUUCAAUUGGAAUCUACCGAUAGAGUCUGGUGGUCUGCCAUCGCAACUAGAGCGCAUUAACUUUGGUGGCACGUUCAACCAUCCUCUGGCAGGCGUACUUCCACAAUCAAUCAACAGACUGAAACUCGAGUAUUCCAGGUUUGAUCAUGACUUGGUAAACAUGCCAUCAAACCUCACAAGACUAUCGUUGCACUGUGUGCAACCCUUUGCCAGGAGGAUUGACUUGCCCAACUUGCAACGCCUCAAAAUCUCUCAAGUCUCUCAACCAUUCACCAACGUAUUCCCGCAACUUAAGAUAUUGUCCAUAGGCAAGAUUCAAACAACAUUGUUGACAUCGCACAUCACAGAUCAAAACUUCCCUCGUCUAUACAGGCUCCACGUCAACAAUAUACUUGACCAGGCUGGACAGCCCAAGACGGAUCUCAAUCUCUCAAGGCUUCCAACUACCUUGAGAAAGUUGAGAAUAAUAUUCGCACAACCAAUCUCAGCAUUUCCAAUUGGUCUGGAGAGUUUGAAGAUGGAGUACUCUGGUCUAUUCAGGUUGCAUCCAGGGCUGUUACCAACCACGAUCCGGACAUUGGACAUUAGGUCAUACCAAACACAAUUGGAGGAGGGUUGCAUCCCUCAAUCAAUCAGGUCGAUAAGCAUCGAUGGCAGACAUCUUGGACAGUUGGUUGGUGAUCAUGUUGCUCCACUUCCAUCACUACGUAAACUCACAUUGAAAAUAAUCUAUCGCAAGAGCAUUAUCAAACAGUUAGCAACACCAUUGAUACGCAUUGUUGACUCUGAAUAUAUAGAGUAUACACUUCGACGUAUCUCUCCGGACAUAUUCAUCUAUGUCUCGUUCAACAUGACAAGAUGUGGCUUCAUCAAUAUCAAUAACCUGUCCACUGUGAUUGGAGCUAUGGACGAUGAUAGU